CCGCGGGAGAAACACUCUGCUUCUGGCAGCCUGAAGAGCGUUUCUGCCGCGCACACGGAGAAGAAGAAGAAGAAGAAGACGGAAUAAAGUCAAAACUCUCAGUCCGUUUAGUGUGUGAGCCGACAAGAGAAGAGACAAAACUUCAUGGGAGAAGAAGUUCACAUUACGGAUCAACAUUAAGUAGUUAACCUGAGGAGUUGUGCCAUGUUGUAGUGUAGUAGUGAGGGUUAUAUAAAUGUAGUGACGGAGAGAAAGCUUGAAGUGACAGAGGAAUUAGUAGUUUCUCUGGCUUUAGAGUAGCGGAUCCUCCAGGGAGGGAAUAUACCACACUUUUGGACCCGAGGUGGAGAGUGUAUUUUGGGGGUAAAGCUGUGCUCCGGAGCUCCUUCCUUUGGAGGCUUGCUGCUGGUGAAGUUCCCCGGCGGUAAGGUGCAGCCACGCCGGGGGGAAAGCACUGCUAGCUCUGCUGCUGCUGCUUCUUCUGGUGUCGUGGAUCGAGGCCUGGUCGGUGAGGCGACAAUGCUUGACAUAAUGUCCGAGCACCAAGAUACACUGUUGACGUGCAAAACGGAACCUUUGCCCCCAGAGAGGAAAAAGAGGACGGUUGAGGACUUCAACAAGUUCUGCAGCUUUGUCCUGGCGUAUGCUGGUUACAUCCCCAGUCCAAAAGAGGAAAGUUCAUGGUCCCCAACAUCAUCCAGCUCUGCACACAGUUCAGGGUUGUCGGCAGACGGAGGCGGCGGAGGCAGCAGCUCCACCGGCAACACUUGGGCAGACGGAAGCUCCGACAUCCACACCAUCCACACGUUUGUCCGUAAAGCUCGAGCGAACAAGGGCAAAAACAUUCGCCGCAUGCACUCUGAUAGCACUCUACUGGACAAGAUGCGCCUUAAAGACUCCCUGUAUGAGAGCCAGGCCAGCACUAAAGCCGAGCGCAAGAAGGACAAAAAGCUUAAAAAGCUGUCGCUGGGUUCCGGCAUGACGGCGGCAGACAGCGGCAGCAGCGAAGGCGAGAAACGGGCGCGCAUCAAGCGCAGCAAAAACUCAAAACAGCCAAAGCCCAAGAAGCUCAAAAGUUCGACUGCUCAAAGUGAGACAGACUCUGAGGCGCGCCAUACGGAGGUACGAACCGGCAGAGAGGAGCUGACGGAGCACGGGGGCUCCACCCCGAGCAUGCAGGACCUGGAGAAGAUGCAGCCGGACGAGUCCAUGAGGGAAGCAGAGAUGAGCUCCAGUGAGGGUGAGACCUGGAUCGCAGACGAAGACAUUAUGGUGGAGUCAGGGGACGAUUCAUGGGACUUGAUCACCUGUUACUGCGGGAAGCCAUUCGCGGGACGGCCGAUGAUCGAAUGCAACCAGUGCGGCAUAUGGGUGCACUUGUCGUGCGCAAAGAUCAAGAAGUCCAACGUUCCAGACAUCUUUUACUGCCACAAGUGCAGGGACGUGCGGCGGUCUGGAAACAAAAAAGACCCCUAGACACAAAGAGGACGGGAGGGACGAGGAGCACCCACCCUGUUUUUGCUGUCCUCUUUCUUGACACUUGUUUUCUUUGAUGCCUACAGCCAAAACAGCCUAAAAUUAUCACCUGGAUGGCAACUGUAUUGUCAGUUUGUAGGAUUUCUUUUUGACAAUCACAACCAUUCUUAUUUAUCCCUCACGGUUUCUUCUUUUUUUCUUUUUUUUUUUGUUCCUUACUUCUUUUUUCUUUGGCUACUGUGAAGAACUGGACAGAAGGCGACAGAGACAGCGGAGAAUCAUUUAUUUGUUACUAAUUAAUUCCUUCAUUAAUUGGCUUUAUUGUUGCAUACUGUGCUGGUUGAUGCCCACAUGAACUUCCACACUUAUUCUCAUAUCCACUGUAGGCGCAUUUUGACUCUUUUUUUUUUUUCUUGAGGAUAUCGACAAAUCAGAGGAAAAUUUCCUUUAGUGUCUCAAGGAGUAGCAUUUUCAGUUUGAUAUCCAUUUCCUCUCAAAUCAAUGCAAGUUUUACAAAUUGACAAAAUUAAUAAGAGAUGGAAAAAGGCACCCCUGUUUGUUUAGAAGUAUGUCGUAAUGCUAGAUGGGCAGCUCAUUUUAUUUUUCGAUCGUAUUUUUUGGCAAUUUUUGAGUUUGCAUUUUUUUGUUUAGGCCGUCAGAGAUCUCACUCCUCUAGAAUAAGUGGUCUUUAAACUAAUUGAAUAUGUCAACAUUUAGCAUUUUUGAAUCUGCAAUUGUGUCUAAAUUACUACAUUUCAAAUUGCACAGACAAUUUUUUCAGCAGUGCACUUUUAAAAUCUAAAAUACCAAAUACCAUCCCACCAAUGCGCUUCUGGGUGGUAUUUGGGAUAUGAUGACCUCCGGCUGAUUUAACUCUGUACUUGGCAUGUAGCUGUGUACAUUCAUGAUUAAGCGCUUAAUGUUUCUCCCUGUCUGGCUUGUUAAUCAAUGCCAACCAUUUACCAUGAACAACAUUUACAUUGAAAGCUGUUUAAAUUUUGAUGUUUUUGUUCCAUGUGUGGUUUUAGUUUUUCAUGUUAAACUCAUCUGAUAUGAGGGCGUAACGUUGCUGUAAGACGAAUGGUUCAGCAGUGCUUGACGAUAUCAAAGUGGCUCUGAGGCUGAAUGGUUGUAAAAUAUUUGUUUUCAUGUAAUUUGUUUAUUUCUUAGCUUUCUGAGAAGCGGGAUUAGGGAUGCGCCCGCAUUCAGAGAAUGGACAUAAAGAUUGUCUUACAUCGAGAACAAAGUUGUAGUGUACAGAAAAUAAGUUGGCGCCGCAGUAGGCUGCGGCGUUUUGUUUAUGUUGUUUGGUUUUUACCAUGUGCUUUUUCUUUUCGUUUGGUUGGUGGGAGAGUCUUGGUAAGUCUCCAGUAGCAGUUGCACUCUCUCUACAACUUCAAUUCUGUGUACAUAUCCUGUUCUUUGACAACUGUACAUAUGUGAAAGUGAAGAGAGAAAAUACCCAAGCAAAAUCUAUAUUUUCUGCAGUCUGAUAUUGUUUUCUUUAAUUGUAGCUUGAAAAAUAAAAAAGUCUUUGGGAACAUAA